UCAACUGCAGCCUGCUUUUGAAACCUCACUAUGCCUUGCCACGACUGCUCUGCAAACUACAGCUUGGGAUCCCUCAGAAAUCCCAGCCAUAUUCCUCUCACCUCCUCCAUUGCGCUCUGCUCUACGGGUGUGAGCUGUGGUGAUGUCCUCUGCUUGCCUAGUAACUGCCAAGACCAUCUCCGGCCUCUGGACAACUGCCAAGAGAGCUGCGGCGAACCCACCAGCUGCCGGCCCGCCCACUGUGAGCCCAGCAACUAUGAAACGUCUUGCUACCCUCCUACUACUUACUACGUGUCCAGACCCUGCCAAGGAACCACUCUCCUUCCUGCUGCUUCUUACAUAUCUGGUGUCUCUGGCUCCUGCCUCCCCGUAUCCUAUAGACCUCUGAGCUAUGUGUCCAGCAGCAGCCGACCCGUGAGCCUCCUCACUUAUGGAUGCCGCCCGGUGGGUUAUUUGCCCUGUGGUCCUCAGUCUCUGAGUGUUGUGCCCAGCAGCCUCAGACCUCUGCGUCCUGUCUUCAGUGGAUGCCAGCCUCUGAGCCAUGUGUUCAGCACUUGCCGUCCAUCUUGCUCUGCACUGGGAGGCCAGUACCUUCCUUGUUCCAGUCAAUAAUCAUGCCAAGGACUGGGAGAAAAAUUCACUCUGUGGGCCUGUGCUUCUUUCCUACUAGUGCCUUUUCUUACUUUUACUCUGCCUGAUGUAAUUCUAGUUGCUCCUUUCCUCUUUUUAUCUUUUUGUCAU